AUGGCUCCUUCGAGCAAAGCUGAGAAGAAGGCUGCAGUUGAUGCAGCAGCAUGGAUGUUUAAUGUAGUCACUUCAGUUGGCAUCAUCAUUGUCAAUAAGGCAUUGAUGGCUACUUAUGGCUUCAGCUUUGCUACAACGUUAACUGGUAUGCAUUUCGCUACCACAACCUUGAUGACAAUUGUUCUUAGAUGGCUGGGAUACAUACAACCUUCUCAUUUACCUCUUCCAGAGCUUCUCAAGUUUGUCUUAUUUGCAAAUUUCUCAAUUGUUGGGAUGAAUGUCAGUCUAAUGUGGAAUUCAGUGGGAUUCUACCAGAUUGCGAAACUGAGUAUGAUCCCUGUGUCCUGCUUAUUAGAAGUUGUGUUCGACAAGAUCCGGUAUUCAAGAGACACAAAACUCGGUAUUGUUGUUGUUCUCCUUGGGGUUGCUGUCUGCACAGUGACUGAUGUGAGUGUUAAUGCCAAAGGGUUCAUUGCUGCAUUUAUUGCAGUCUGGUGUACUUCUCUUCAACAGUAUUAUGUUCAUUACCUACAACGAAACUACUCACUUAGUUCCUUCAAUCUGCUUGGACACACUGCACCAGUCCAGGCUGGAUCUCUGCUGAUGUUAGGUCCCUUUGUGGAUUACUGGUUGACCAACAAAAGGAUUGAUGCCUUCGACUUUAAUAUACCAUCCAUGGUGUUCAUAAUCCUUUCGUGCACUAUUGCCGUAGGGACUAACCUCAGUCAGUUCAUCUGCAUUGGCAGAUUUACUGCUGUCUCAUUCCAAGUUCUUGGUCAUAUGAAGACCGUCCUUGUACUGACCCUGGGAUUCUUAUUUUUCGGGAGAGAGGGCCUUAAUUUACAUGUCGUUCUUGGCAUGAUUAUUGCCAUAUUUGGAAUGAUUUUGUAUGGAAAUGCCUCGUCAAAACCCGGGGGGAAGGAACGACGCAGUAAUUCAAUUUCCAGAAGCAGCCAACAAAAGCAGGGACUACCAGAAUCUUCUGAAGUUGAUGAUAAGGUUUAA